AUGAUCAAUUCGGAACAGACAAUGAUUGAUGAUAAUAAUUUACUAUCAACCACUCCACAAUUUAAAAUUAUUUGGUUGGAUGAGAAUUUCAUGCACUUGCAAAGUUCCAUUCACAAAAUUAAAUGUGUUCUUUUCAAUGCCAGUGUUGACCAAAGAGAUUUUAAUGAAUCUUUCGAUCUAAUUGAGUUGGAGAAACAUGUUAGAAAUUUAAUAUCGAAUAAUAAUCAUGUGAUGGUAAUUACGAGUUAUAGUAAAGGAAAGGGAUGCCAGGUUUUGGAAUUGUUGCAAAGAUUGAAGAGAAGUAAUGAGGAGCAAGUAAUUUAUUCAUGUGUCUAUAGUGGAAGUGCUUUACGAAAUGUAAUGCUUCAGAAUUUGUGCAUUUUGCAAUAUGGAGCUGAUUUUGUUUCGUCUUUGAAUAAUGCGAAUGCCUUGUUGGAAUUGGAAAGUUUCAUUGCUCAAAUCUAUCAGAAAUCAUACUAUCCAAAAUUAAUGAAAUAUCUGAGCAGAUUGGUAUUCCAGAAAGAUAAUAUGGAACAUUUAAUUUCGCCUACUAGCACUCUGGUACGAUCUCACAUGGUUCUUGAGGAAGAAAUUGAAAGAGAAACACUCAGAGAACAAGGAAAGGAAUAUGAUUGUAAAUGGGAACACGUCCCUCUCAGAAAGAUAGCUCACAAUUUGCAUUUGCAACAAUCGGCCUGUCUUUCUCUCACUCACCGACCACUCGUUCAACAACCUCAAUUCCUGGUCAUGAUUCAAACAGGAGCCAUUAAUCCACCUCACAAAAUGCAUCAACAGGGAUUUGAAGUUGCUAAGGAAUUUGUGGAAAAUUAUCAAACUCUAAUGAAGGCAGUGGAGAGUAAACCAAAGCUGAAUAGAGAACUCUUGCAAAAGAUUCUGAGACCUAUCAAGGUGGUUGGAUGCUACAUGUCGCCAAGUCAUGAUGGAUAUAUCAAGAGUAAGGCCUCCAAAUACAAGUAUUCCAGUACUGUUCGAUUGUAUACUGCAACAGAGAGAUUGACAAUGUGUGCGUUACAAACACAAGAUGAUCCAUUCACAUGUGAAUAUCCUUGGGAGUCUUGCCAACCUAAAUUUAUAUCCUUCUCUCAAGUGGGAAAUACCUGUUCCACAAUACUGAGAAGUGCCGAAUGUCCAAUUUCAAUGCUCAUGCCUAAAAAUCCAAAUACCAAUCAAUAUCAAGAUUCCUGCUCUUAUUUGAGAGUUUGUUAUACAUGUGGAGCUGAUUUGAUUUUGAGAGCUGGCCUUAGAAGAUUCGAUUACUUUGAAGAUAUGUUAUCACUUGUGGUUGGAAGACAUGGAGUUAAUGUUGAGGAGGUUAUGAAGUCAAUUAAUGAAGCUCAUAACAACAUGCCAGUUUUCUAUGUAGAGAUAGAGAAUAUGCAGGAAAAUGCAUUAAGCUCAACUGAAGUUAGAACUUGUUUGGAGAAUAUUGCCAAGAAUGAAGAUGUUAAAAAUUCUAGAAUGAGAUUGGAAAAAGUAUUGGACCUUAGAGUUUUGGAAUAUAUUAUUAAUGAUUGCAAACUGUAAUAAUUUAUGACUCAAUAAAAAAACUGAUUGAUAUU